UUAUAAAUUGCCUCCUUCCUUCAAAGCUCUAUCCCCCUUGGAAACCAGAAGAGACACAGAGAGAGAGAGAGAGAGAGAAAGAGGGAGAGAGAGUAGAGAGAGAAACAAAGGGAAACCCUAAUCGCUGAAGCUAAAUCAUUACCCGUUUGGCUUUGUUUCUCUCUUUGCCGUCACAUAUUUCACAAUACCUUACGAUCUUUCAUAUAUCUCGCUUUCUCGUUCUGGUUCAGAUCACAAGAAAAUUCCGAAGGACUUGCUCUCUCAUUUUCUCCGGAAAAUUCGAAGAUCUUCUUGAGCCAUACAACCAUGGUAUUUUGGGUUUUCGGCUAUGGUUCACUUGUGUGGAACCCAGGAUUUGAAUAUGAUGAGAAAGUGAUAGGAUUCAUCAAGGACUAUAGGCGUGUAUUUGAUGUUGCUUGCUUUGACCACAGAGGUACACGUGAACGCCCUGCACGAACUUGCUCAUUGGAAUACAAAGAAGGAACCAUAUGCUGGGGUGCUGCUUAUUGUGUUCGGGGAGGCCCUGAAAAGGAAAGAUUGGCAAUGGAGUAUUUGGAGCGGAGGGAGUGCGAAUAUGAUGAAAAGACUCUUGUAAACUUCUACAAGGAAGGGGGGGAUUCCUUUGAGCCUGCUGUAAAAGGAGUUAUAGUGUUCACAUCCACUCCAGACAAAGAAUCAAACAAGUACUACCUGGGGCCUGCUCCAUUGGAGAAAAUGGCCAGCGAAAUUGCAACUGCUUUUGGACCCUGCGGGAACAAUAGAGACUACCUUUUCCUGUUAGAGAAGGCCAUGUCUGAUAUUGGCCAUGAAGAUGACAUGGUGAUAGAACUUGCCAAUGAGGUGCGGAAGGUACUUGGAAUCGCAGGGAAAGGAAUUCCAAAGGAGAGGAAGUUGGUCGGGCAAUCCCACAUCCCACUCAUGUCCCAUAUUCCCACUCUUAAGGUCCACCCACUUCCAGAAGCCAUUGCCAUGGACUCCUAGCAAGAAGAUGUCAAUCUCUACGAAUUGGAUACUUUGCGGAGCCUGCUAACCCAUUUAUCACUACCUUGUUUUCCUCUUAUUUAAGAUUUUUCCUCUAGAAAGCAGUUUUCUGUUGGUCUUAGCAGAGUCUACUUUGCCUUCUAAACUUUUACCCUUUUACCCCUUUACACAUGGUUUGGACUUAGAAAGAGUGACUAACAAUUUUCCAUACGAAAUACAGGAUGUAGGAAAUGCUGAUGAUGUUAGUUUCAGUUUCAAACCAAGAGAAAUCCGUCAUUACCUUGCAGGCCAACUAAUGUUGUUCCAUGUACUGUGCAACUAGACAUCUUUCUUUUUUUU